GCUGCAUCUCUGGGAGUGGUACACGAAGAAGAAGGAGGGGGAGACGAAGAAGAAGUUGCCAGCAUGGCGUUUACACUCUACUCUCUCAUCCAGACCGCUAUCCUGUGCACUAAUGCAGUGGCUGUGUUACAUGAGGAGAGGUUUCUCAGCAAGUUCGGCUGGGGUGUUGAACAGGGAGUUGGAGGUUUUGGGGAUGAUCCAGGAAUCAAAGCCCAGAUUCUGACCCUUAUCCGCUCAAUCCGGACUGUCAUGAGAGUUCCUUUGAUAAUAGUGAAUUCAGCCUGCAUCGUCCUGUUGUUACUGUUUGGGUGACAGCGGUACGCCGAGCGCCAAAAGGAAGCCAGAGGACCAGACGUGCCAAGGAACGACGUUACUCACACACACACACACAAAUAUCCGUCAUUCAGAGACUUCUGUCUUCACCAGACAUCAGCGGGGUGGAGAUGUUUGUCCAUUGGACUGUCAUGUGACCCGGUCAGAGGUGAAGACUAACAGCGGGUCUAACUCUGACCUGACCUGCUCGUCUGUGUGAAACAAAAAGAACGGACUGAUGAAAUAAUUAUUCAUUGUAACACAAAACUUGAUGAUGAUCAUCCAAAACUCAUGUUUUUUGCUGUUAUUUUAUCAUGUUGUUACCACAGACUGUGUAAAGAAGUGUUGUCAGCAGUAGGGUUGGACAACAUGUAAAUAUUUAUCAUGUGCCGUUACAUUUUUAUUCAAGGCUACAGCUGUCUUUUUUUAUUAUUAUUGUUCUAAUAGAAGUUUGGGAGUUUUUGAAACCAGAUCAAAGUUACUCAAAGUGUUUUUAAGGCUGCCUCCAAGUCUUAUUUUAGACUCCAGUAUGACAGUGCAACAUUUUGUUCUGAACUUUAAAAUAAUUCUCAACAUUUCCACCUUCAGGUCGGAAAAUUUUAUUUACUGACAAUAUAAACUGUUGAAUUAAUGAAAUCUGAAAAAAAAAGUCCAGUUCCAGUUUGAUGUUUCAUGAACUGUUUCAGUUUAAUAUGAUGAAGAGUGUGUAGUCUUCUUGACUUUAAUUUGGGUUAGUUGAACAUUGUUUUAAGCCGUGUUCACGUCUGCCCGCUCCGCUGAGUUCAAGUUGACUGCAGAUGAAAACGGAGCCUAACAAAUUCACCUGGAAACCGACAGACCAAGAGAUUCAGGAUUUGUCGACACUUUGUCAAACAGACUGUUACUGUUGUUGUUCUCUCUCUCUGUGCCUAACGGACUUUAUGGAGAGUCGUUGGUGACUGAAGGAAGGAAAUCCACGACCUACCUGACGUUUAAUAUUUGCUUGUCAUUCUCAGUCGUCUCUGUUGAUGUGUAAAGACGUUCUGUGAUUCAUCCGUCUGAGAGAAUUCAGUUAAAUGUGGGUUUAAUGUAGAUUUGAAGCAAUAUUGCCAAACACAGCUCAGAGCAAUGCACCUUGGUGCCGUUUACACAUCGACACCCUCUCAGUGCCAAAAAUACUGGGCUGGUAAUGAGAUGUUUGUUGUCUUGAAAUAAACGUAGUGCUCAGUUGAAA